AUGCUCACGGCACCGACCCGAUUCUCUGGCGCCGUGGCUGUUCCUUUGAGCAUGCAAAAGUGCGGUGUGCCUGGCAGUCUUGCUGCUGGCAAAUGCGGAAGUCGGGACACGUCCGGGUGGAAUCUCCACCCAGUCAACGUGGGGUUUGGGCGGGCGAUUUUGCGAAAGCUGCAGCCCCCACGCGACUCGAAGCUCUGCUUUACGGCCACCAUCCAAAGCACAAGAUCGAUCAUCAUGGCACGAGGGAGCGCAAAAAAGACUGCAUCGGGCAAUGCGUUCCUGCUGACGCUGCUGCGCAAUGGCUUCCUGGCGACCAACACGGUGUACCUGCUGGUGCGAUUUUGGCUGCUGCGAUCGAGCGUAACCAAGAGCACCGUGUUCGGCUACGCUGUAUCGGAAGCCAUCGCCGUGGCACUGUGGUUCACGCUGCAGAGCAUGGCUGCGCAGGGAAACGAUCUGCAACAGAGCGGCCUGACGCAGUACAUGUUCGACAUUAUCUACGUAACGUGGUUCGUCCAACUGGCUUCGCUCCUCUGGUCAAAGUUCUGGUAUCUCUACCUCAUCAUUCCGGGAUAUGCGGGGUACGUGAUCUAUCAAAAGAUCCUGCUGCCCUACCUGUUCCGCGGGCAGAGUCCGUUUGCUUCGCUGCAGGGACUGGCGCGUGGCUCGAAUGCGCAGCCCGAAGGUGCGCCGCAGCAGCAGGAGGCAGUGUCGAAGCGUCAGCAGAAGCUCCAGGCCAGAGCCGCCAAGGGUGACCCGCGCGUGCAGGUGCGCAAACGCUAA